UCAACAGUUAAAAAUUGUGCUGAGCUGCACAGGUCUGGUCAGAGAAUCAAUGGAAUUUAUACAAUCAAACCUGACAACUCACAAGCCUUUGAUGUAUACUGUGACCAGACAACAGACGGUGGAGGCUGGACAGUGUUCCAGAGAAGAUUAACUGGUUCCGUUGAUUUCAACCGCAGUUGGGCUGACUACAAACAUGGUUUUAAAAGUUUCCUCGAUGGUGAAUUUUGGCUUGGACUGGAUAAAAUCCUCCGGCUGACUAAAAAGAAUAAAAACAACAGGCUUAGAGUGGAUCUGGGGGUUGAUUCUAAAACAAUUGUUUACGCUGAAUAUAAAUGGUUUGGAAUUGCGAACAAAACGGCUGAGUACCAGCUGAACAUUGGCAAUUUGGCAAGUAAGUCAAUAAAAGCAAUUAUUAAUGACAAGUAGCUUUGUUGCGUGACAAUAAAUGAAACAGUGAAGCAAAAGCAUACGACUUUCUGGGGAAAAAAAAAAGGAAAAUGAUUGUAGUUCCAAUCAGUCGACAGACAAAACGAUUAAGAUCCUUUACUCUCAAGACUUGACUGGUUUUCCCAGUUUUGAAAUCAAAGCCAGAGGAUAAAGAAGAUGAAUUUGGUCCAUCGAGUAUCAACAAAAUGACUACAAGAGCUCAGUUAUAGCCCUCGUUAUAAUCGAAGUUAGCCUCAUAUGAGCUUUUUAACAAUAAAUCACCUCGAUUAUUUUUUCUUGUAUACGUGUUCGUCUAGACUAAGCACUUUGGGAGCAAAUUACCGCAUGUAUAUGUGCGCGUUACACUAAUGAAUAGAUCUCGUGUAGUAUGUUCUUUAACGAGUCCCUGAUCCAGGAAAGGGUCUGAAAAUCUGACCUGUAAUGCUAGUAUUAAAGCUCAAUGUCGCAAUGCUCAGAUUGACGGUUUUCUUUUCCCCUUUUUAAGGAAAAGUAGAGGAAAGCUGGUGGUUCCCGGAAGACUGUACUAUUCGUUCAAAUCUAAACGGAAUUUAUGGAAGCAAAGAAAACGGAAAUAUUCAUUAGGGACAACUAGAUCUUGACGAUCCUACUCGCACUCCCAAAACAUCAGAAAUGAAAAUCAGACCUGCAGACUUCAAACGGCGAGAAGAGAGGCGGACAAAACUAGGAACAAAGAUGGCAUGCAACUGCAGAUUAUAAGUCGACUUAAAUACUCAAUCAAGGCGUAAAUGGUGUUCACGGCGCCAUUGACACAAGGAAAAAAGAAGGUGAUUCGGUAUAAGGGUGGGGUGGGGAAACAAGAUAUGGAACGAUGAGUAAUGAGAGUGAUCUAACAAUUUCCUCAGAAAAACUAUAUUUCACUACUGUUAGUGAAAUCUCUAGGAUCUUAAGUAAAUUGUUCGAACCCAAGAGUAACAUUUGAUCGUCAUCUGUCAUCAUCAUCAUCAUCAUCAUCAGAGUCUCGUAUGUAUUCGUAAACUAAUAUUCAGUUUACAAAUCGUGUAAGGUAGGGUUUUUGUUUUCCGACUGUUCCACCUCCAAGAUAGGGUAAAAAGAAAAUUUGUCUCCAUCACAUAAUCACUACAUCUUUAAAAUCAAAGAAGAUCCAAGAAGGUAGCAUUUGGGAUAUAGUUUGAUUUCACACCAAAUGCUUACACCCUAAAUGAUAAGAAAUGCGUGGCAGAUGUUGCAGAGAAUUGAUAUCUAAAUCUCGUGGGUUAGAGGGUUGGCCGAGGCGAGAGAUGCUACAAGCGAUCUCCGAAAGUAGGACGCUCCUCCCUUUAGAUUUAUCCAAUUUUAACUAGUCAUGGGGGUCAUAUUUAUCAUGCAAAGAACUUGUUAUUCAUCACAAAUGACGGCGGAAAGGGUUGGAAAAGCUCCAAUGACACAACUGACGAGCAGUAUGAAUUUUCGAGUGGAAUUAAACUCGGCUAUCUGCCUUCGUCGUGUUGGUCGGUUCGAGUCACAUGGCGUGAGGUAUCUCGUGGGAAGGAUCAAGCGGUAUCCAAAUUCAACCUCCACAUUUCAGAUAACUCGUGUGGCAAUAAGCGGGGAUGUGUCUCUGAACCCCGGGCCCUCGGAAAAGUCCAAGUGUGGUGUGUGUUCAAGAACGCUGGCAAGAAAUCAUCGGGCUGUACUCUGUGAUUGUUGUAAAGGGCUAAGUCACAUAAAGUGUGCGAAGGUGACACCCAGCGAGUACAAACGAAUUCAGGAUUUGCCAAUCAAGACUUGGGUCUGCUCAGCGUGCAUAACUAUCUCCACGCAUAACCUUUUACCAUUUCAUGGAAUUGGUAACACCACUCUUGAAGAUUUAUUCGUGAAUGAACCAGCUUUCAUGGAUUAUACAGAUCUGAUUGACUCUCAGGACCGUGAUUUUUUAAGUUUUAUGGCUGCUCGAGCGAAGUAUAGCUCUAAUUUCUUGAUAGCACAUUUGAAUAUCAACAGCUAUCAGAAAAAAUUUGAAGAGAUGAGGGAAAUUAUACAAAAGUUAAGAAUUCAAGUGAUGUUCAUUGGUGAAACCAAAAUUGACUCUUCU